AUGGAAGUCGUGCUGGGUCCUGGUGACCAAGCUCGAGCAGCCGGAGCGGAGGGGGCAGCCUCCGUCGCUUCACUGAGGGGGCGGCGGAGGUCCCCCCAACAACACACGAGGACACGACCCUUCGGGGGAAUGGGUGGCGAUAGCGCCAUAAUAAUGCAGGAGCUACGCCACAGAGUCCAGAACUUAGAGCGACAGCUAGCCGACCGGGAGCGGGAUGGACGGUCUACCGAUCCCAGCUUUACCCCAUCUCCCGGGAGCGAGGAGGAAGACUCUCACCGAAGCCGCCAGCGGCGUACAUCCGCUUCCCGGACGGAAGCGGAGAGCACGCGGGAGGAGUCACCCAUAAUAAGAAGGCGAAAUGACAGGAUCAUCUACUCUCGAGGCAGACCAACCCGCCGAGCAGCAAGAGGUCACGAGGACGGGGAAGGGAGAUCCGAGAGAACACGGCAACCCGUCAUAAUGGGUGUCACCCCGUUCCACCGAUCUAUCCUCGAGGUCCGGUUGCCGAAACACUUCGACAAACCAACGGACAUGAGGUAUGACGGAACUCAAGACCCUCUAGAACAUCUCACGGCCUUCGAAGCCAGGAUGAAUCUAGAGGGAGUAGGCGACGAAGUAAGAUGCCGCGCCUUCCCGGUAACCCUAGCAGGACCAGCGAUCAGAUGGUUUAACGGCCUCCCUCAAGGUUCCAUCUACAAUUUCUCAGACAUCAGCCGUGCAUUCCUGGCUCAAUUUACAACGCGAAUAGCAAAGGCCAAGCAUCCUAUCAACCUUCUUGGGGUAACCCAGAGACAGGGAAAGCCGACCAGGAGGUACUUAGAUCGGUUCAAUGACGAAUGCUUGGAAAUCGACGGCUUAACCGACUCGGUGGCCAGUCUCUGCCUGACGAACGGCCUCCUCAACGAGAACUUCCAAAAACACCUUACCACGAAGCCGGUUUGGACAAUGCAUGAAAUCCAGACGGUGGCCAAGGAGUACAUAAACGACGAGGAAGUCAGCCGAGUCGUGGCUGCCAAUAAGCGGCAGUCCGGUUACGGCCAGGCUCGGCAGUCCGGUGGCGACGGUGAGAGAGCAAAAGAAAAGGCCAGGGAGGAGGCAUCAAACAAAGCACCUAGGCCGUUCCCUCGAGUCGGAAAAUUUACUAACUACACUCCACUCACCCUCCCCAUCGUGGAAGUGUAUCAACAAAUAGCUGAGAAGGGAAUUCUUCCGAAGCCUCGACCACUUAAGGACCGUACGGGUGGAAACAAGAACCUUUAUUGUGAUUACCAUAAGGGGUAUGGCCAUCAAACACAGGACUGUUUCGACCUGAAGGAUGCACUAGAACAGGCGAUAAGGGAAGGAAAGCUAGCAGCGUUCUCCCAUCUCAUCAGGGAGCCGAGAAGGCGCUAUCGUGAUCAAGACGAGGAAGGCAAGACACGCUCGGCCAAGCGGCGACAGGAGCCCGAAGACAGAGACCAUGGCCUCACUGUGAUAAACGUGGUAACGGCAAAAAACGCUGCACCAAAAUCUCGGUCGGCACACAAGAAAGACGCCAAGGUUCUGGCGAUCUCAUCCCCACCGGUGCAAAGUACCAAAAAACCUCCGUCCAUUUCCUUCGACCCAGAAGACCAAUGGUUCAGCGACGCCCCGGAAAAUCCCCCCAUGGUCAUAACGGCCAGAGUGGGAAACGGCCUCGUCAAACGGAUCCUUGUCGACACAGGAGGUGAUUCAAACAUCAUGUUCCGCAACGUGUUCGACGCACUAGGGCUAAAGGAUGCCGACCUGACGACUCACCAGCACGGGGUUAUCGGGUUAGGCGACCACUUCAUCAAACCGGACGGAGUCAUUUCCCUACCAAUCUCGGUGGGACAGAUGCAAGGCCGAAGAUCGGCGAUGGCCGAGUUCGUAAUUCUCCGAGACUCCACAGCCUACAACAUCAUCUUGGGAAGAAAAACGAUCAAUGAUUUUGAAGCCACAAUCAACACCAAGCUGCUGGUUAUGAAGUUUGUUACCGAUGAUGGAUCCAUAGGGACCAUAAGAGGAGACCUCGAGACGGCGGUCGCUUGUGACAACGCCGGCCUUUCCCUUAGAAAGAAGUCCAAGGAAGCAUCCGGCGUAUUCCUAGCCGACCUUGAUGCCAGAGUAGAGGACUAG